AUGCAAUCAUCAGGCGUGCGAGUACGCGAGAAGCUCGGCGGCACGAGUAAGGUCUACGACCAAGAACAACAUGCCACAAAUUACGUUAUACGAUUCUCAAAGUCAAAGUAUAUAUACACUUUUGAUGUUACUGAAGCAGAUGCUGAAAGAGUUAAUAACGAUUUGCUAUUUGCAACUUAUCUUUUAAAAAAAUAUGUAGAUUCUCAAACUUCUGAGGCUUUAGAGAAUCCAAUCCAGAUUUCUGAAUCUUGCCCAAAUCCUGUUGCUAAAAAUAUAAUUAGUGCAAAUGUUGCUUCUACAGUUUGUGAUGUAGACAAUGUCACAAAUACAACACAAGCAUCUGUACAAGAUGAUUCUCAAGAGAAAAACAGUUUCCGUUGGCCACACGAAGCAAUACUUUUACUACUUACAAGUUACACAGAUAACGAACAUCAUCUUAAAAGUGGUAAAACAACACACACAAAAUUUUGGGAACUGGUUUCUUCCGAACUAAUUGCGAGUGGCUAUAAUGUAACUGGCAUGCAGUGUAAAAGUAAAAUGGCUAGAUUAAAAAAUACAUAUAAAAAUAUCAAAGACCACAAUGCUAAAAGUGGUAGUAGUAGGCGAGCAUGGCGAUAUUUAGAUAUUAUGGAUGAAAUGUUUACUAAAAAACCAUGGGUGGAGCCACUUCUUACAUUAGACAGUGGAAGUUCAACUAUAGCAUCUUCUGAUGAGGAAAAAAAAGAUAUUGGGUGUGGAACUCGAAAAUCCAGUUAACUUCCAUCUGAAAACAAACCUCCUAAAACGCAAGAAAUAUAACACGUUGGAGAAAAUGAUUGAACAUAAUGCUGCUACACGGCAAAAAAUGCAUGAAGAAGCAAUGUCACAAGAUAAACUACUGGAUAUUUUACAAAAAUUUCUUCAGUAGUAAUGAUAUCAAUUGAUUACUUUAUUACUUUUAUUAUACGCAUUU